AGGAGAGCCGACAUCUGAGUUCUGAGGGCAACUUGUCCUGCUGAGGCAUCUUCACCAAACAGAGCUUCAAUGCUGCUCCUGCUGCUCCUGCUCUUCAAGGGACUUCCCUGCCAUGGAGCAAGCACAGUGGCUCCCCUGCUCCUAGGAUUCCGACAUCCAGCAUCAGAAGAGCCCCUCUCCUUCCGCUUUGUCCAGAUCUCCUCCUUUGCCAACCACAGCUGUGCGCACAUCCAGGCAUCAGGCUGGCUGGGGGAUGUGCAGACUCAUGUCUUGGACAGUGUCUCAGGCACCAUCCGCUUUCUGAGGCCCUGGUCCCAGGGUACCUUCAGUAAGCAAGAAUUGAAGAACCUUGAGGCGCUAUUGCUGUUGUACCUGCACAGCUUCAAUAAGGAAGUGCAGGCCUUCGCGAGCCAGUUUCAGUUUGAAUAUCCCUUUGAGCUCCAGGUAUUAUCUGGCUGUCAAAUGCAUGCUGGGAAGGCCUCAGAAAGUUUCUUAAAUGGGGCAUAUCAAGGAUCAGAUUUCCUGAGUUUCCAAGGAAAUUCCUGGAAGCCAUCACCAGGAGCAGGGAGUAGGGCUCAGAAUGUCUGUAAGGUGCUCAAUCACUACCGGAUUAUUAAAGAAAUCGUGCAGAGCCUUCUCAGCGACAUUUGCCCUCGAUUUCUGGCUGGCCUCCUUGAAGCAGGGAAGUCAGAGCUGGAACAACAAGUGAAGCCAGAGGCUUGGGUGUCUAAAGGCCCCAGUCCUGGGCCUGGUCGUCUGCUGCUGGUGUGUCAUGUCUCUGGCUUUCAUCCAAAACCUGUGUGGGUGAUGUGGAUGCGAGGUGAGCAGAAGCAGCCAGGCACUCGGCGAGGUGACAUUCUACCCAAUGCUGAUGGGACAUGGUAUCUCCGAGUUACCCUGGAAGUGGCGUCUGGGGAGGCGGCCGGCCUGACUUGUCGAGUGAAGCACAGUAGUCUAGGAGGCCAUGAUAUAAUCAUCCACUGGGAUGGAAACUCCAUCUUCCUGAUGUUGAUCUGUUUGACUAUAAUAGUUACUCUGGUCUUGUUGGUUGUAGUUGACUCAUGGUUUAGAAAGCAGAGCUCAAAUCAGAACAUCCUGUCUCUCCAUGUACCCAACCCUGCCUUUUCCACAAGGGUCAACAUUCAAGACCCCAGGAAUUCAGGACAUCAGCUCUGCUUGGCACAAGAAUUUUGGAUCAAAAACAGAUUCUUGAAGAAUUGGAAAACAAGCCUAAAGCAACUCUGGUGACAUUAGUUUUACCUUAAACAUAAAAUUCUCUUCUGCUUUUUCUUAAACGUGAUUCAUAUCUAUAAACAAAGCAUGAUUUUGUUAAAACAGCUUAUUCUGGCAGAGGUCGUGAACCCUUUGGAAAUAGUUUUUUCAUCUUCCAGCAAUACGUUUCUGCUUUGUCACAUGUUCAUCACUAUUGAUCCUUCAAACUCCAAUGCAGGCGCCUCUUUCUCAUGGAUAUUUCCCUGAAUUGCCCAAUUGAAAGCUCUUAUGUACUCCCCAAAUUGGACUGAUCUUCCUAAAUACACACAUCUUUUCCUACUUGGAACAGUAGUUACUUAGGUUUUUACUCUUGUCUCAACUUGAAAGCAGGAUUUAGGGGUUUCUAUUGUAUUUGUUACCAAAAGCCUUACCUGGAUUCAGGGCCAGCUUCAUGGGCAUGUGACCUGUGCAGUUGUUGCUAUCUUGAAAUUCUUCAUGAUUUUUGAAGAAGAGAUACUGCAUUUUCAUUUUGUACUGGCCUCACAAAUUAUCUAGCAGAUUUGGCUGAAUGAUAUAUUUCUCAAUAAAU